AUGAUCCCACCCUCGUGGCUAUUCGUCGUGUCGGGUGUGGACAUCCUGGGACCAUUUCCCAAGGCUGUCGGCGGGUACCAGUUCCUCUAUGUCACCAUCGACAAGUUCGCAAAGUGGCCAGAGGUUACCCCUAUGGUGAACAUCACCAAGGGGACUGCAGUAGCAUUCCUCAAAUCCAUUGUAUGCCGCUUCGGAGUCCCAAACUGCAUCAUUGCGGAUAACGGGACCCAGUUCAAAAGCCGGCUCUUCCAGGGGUACUGCAAGGACAAUGGCAUCCAGCUAUGCUUUGCAUCCGUAGCACAUCCCCGGAGCAAUGGUCAAGUUGAGAGAGCGAAUGCAGAGAUCCUCAGAGGGCUCAAAACUCGCACCUACAACUACUUAAAGAAGCAUGGUGUGAAAUGGGUCGAGGAGCUUACGAGCGUGCUAUAG